AUGAGAGUGGCCCUCCUGGCCUUCAGACUGAUGUGGUUGGCCUGGUUGUGGCCCAUCACCCAGCUCCACGGCAGCCACUUCCCGAACAAGAGGAGACACAAGGAUGUGUAUGUCGGAGAGAACACCAAACAGAAGCAUGGAGGGCGGGUGGAUCUUAAGAUGAAAAAGCUGGACAGCACCAAGUCUCUGCUUAUUAAAUCUGAGCAGCUGCUUCGGAUUGAAGACCAUGACUUUGCGAUGCGGCCGGGCUUUGGAGGUUCAGCUAUUCCAGUCGGCAUCGACGUCCAGGUAGAGAGCAUUGAUAGCAUAUCGGAAGUAAACAUGGACUUUACUAUGACUUUGUACUUGAGGCAUUAUUGGCAGGACGAUCGACUGGCUUUUCCUUCCAGCAGCAACAAGAGUCGUACCUUUGACGCACGUCUUGUGAAGAAAAUUUGGGUUCCUGAUGUUUUCUUUGUUCACUCUAAACGCUCGUUCAUCCAUGAUACAACCAUGGAGAAUAUCAUGCUGAGGGUUUUUCCUGAUGGCAACAUCCUCUACAGUGUCAGGAUCACUGUGACGGCACUUUGCUCAAUGGACUUCAGUAGUUUCCCCCUGGACACACAGAAUUGCUCUCUGGAGCUGGAGAGCUAUGCUUACAAUGAGAAUGAUCUCAUGCUCUACUGGAAGAACGGGAACGAUUCAUUAAGGACUGAUGAGAUUGUGCUCUCUCAGUUUUUUAUUGAAGACUUCCAGCCUUCCUUUGGACUUGCCUUCUACAGCAGUACUGGUUGGUACAAUCGGCUCUACAUAAACUUCAUUCUCAGGAGGCAUAUCUUCUUCUUCAUGCUUCAAACGUACUUUCCCACCAUGCUGAUGGUGAUGCUGUCCUGGGUGUCCUUCUGGAUAGACAGGAGGGCAGUACCUGCUCGUGUCUCUCUGGGCAUCACCACGGUUCUGACCAUGUCCACCAUCAUCACUGGUGUCUCAGCCUCUAUGCCACAGGUGUCUUACGUCAAAGCCGUGGACAUCUACUUGUGGGCAAGCUUCCUGUUCGUCUUCCUGUCUGUCAUUGAGUACGCUGCUGUCAACUAUUUCACCACAGUCGAGGAAAUGAAGAAGCUCAGAGGGGCAAAGAUCCCCUCCUCUUUCAACGCUACACAGGCUAUGGCGUUUGACGGCUGUUUCCAUGACAACGACAUUGACCUGACUCCUUUCUCGGAGGUUCCUAGCACGCCGAACACGGAGAGGAACACCCAGUCACGAAACUCCACCGUCUCUGCACCCACAGAGGGGACCAGGCUACGCCGCAAGCACCCUUUAAUACAAAAUCUCAGCUUCAUCAUGAGCAACAGCUACAUGAUAGACUCUUACUCCAGAGUCAUAUUUCCCCUGGCUUACCUGCUCUUCAACAUCAUUUACUGGAGUUUAUAUGCAUAGAGCAUAAACUAUGCUGAAUAAACACUACUUUUCUUCACCAUUAAAUCACCAACAGGCUGCAAUAAACUAAUAUAUACAAUAACUUGUUCUGCUGUGGGAUACAACCUCUUGCAUGAAGUCUUCAGUUGUAAAUUGAGGUCGGCUGUUGCUUUAUUUUUGCUGAUGUUUCUGUGUAUUUUUAGCAUGCCUGUUUUAUAUGAGAUAAAGUUUUAAUCAAACAAAUGUAUUUACAUUUAUAGGGAUUUGUUCUAUUGUGGGAUUAGACACAA